AUGUGUCAACAAAUAAAAGAAGAAAUUAAACCGGAAGUAGAACAACGAUCUUUAGAUAGCGAACUUGUAUCACAGAAUCGUGAGGAGGAUUUACAUUCUACUGGUUUCGACAGAGUUUUACUUGUUGGAGGGAUGACUAGAAUGCCGAAGGUUUACAAAUUUCUGAUUUAUUUUUGUGUUUGUCGGUUGUUUUGUGGUGAUAUGUGGACAGAUAAAUCAAGUCUUCCACGGCGUUAUAUUGAGAAAAGUAUUAGAAAUAUUGUUGAGGAAGUUUUUAAAAAGAAAAUAUUUAAUUCCCGACUUGAAGAAGGAGCACUUGCAACUGGAGCUGUUUAUUCGGGUGUAUUUCUUGGUGAUAUAAAUUAUUUUGAUAACAGACGAACAUCUAAAAACGAAAUUAUUAAAAUGGCCUCUCAAAAAAUGUUUAUCGGAGAAAGAAAUAGAGAUGAGGAGGAUGCCGCUAAAUUGUUUUGGGAGGCUAUUGCAAUUUAUGUUAAGGAAUAUUAUUCUUCAUUACAUAUUGAUAUUCGAUCACGUAAUGCAAUAAAAGGAUUGGGUUAUUUCGCUUUAAGACAUACUGAUCGAGGAAUUCCUCAUGGCCACAGUGCAAUCUAUCUUUCUGAUAUUAUUCCUAAACGUGGAGCUUGCUGGGUCUUUGAAGGUGAACAUGAACGUCUGUGCAAAGCUGCUUUUAAUUUUUUCAAGAAUUUUUUGUUUAUUAACAAAAAGAAAGUUUGGUCUAAAUUAAAGCCUUAUGUAUUAGGAAAGAAAUUAGUAACGGAAGAAAAAGAAGACUUGAUAAAUAAAGAUUUUCAAAAACUUAAAUUUAAAAGAAUAUCAACUCGGGAAAGGAAAGGUUUAAGAAAACAAAAAUUGAAAAAAUAUUUUUUGUUUAAAGCAUAUUAA